CUCUUGGAGAUAGUACACAUCGAUAACAUGAAGAUCUUGAAAGCUUUGACAUGUGCCAAGGAAGAUCAGUUGCCACUCAUUGAUGGUUAUACUAAGAAAAGGGUUCGUUCAUAUGUAUAUAUCUCAUUUAUGCAUUACUAGUUUACAUCAAAUUUCACUGUAAUUUCUCAUUUUUUAAUUUUAAUAGUCAACCCUUUUCACCUUCGUUCGAAUUGCAACAUAACCCUUCCCUUAAUUUGGUGUUUAACAUUAUGAUGAUGGAAGUUGUAAUUUAACCAUAAUCUAUCAUCUCUGACUUCUUGAAAAGCUUCCAUUGAUUAAUCUUUUUUUCGUAUGACAAAUGCAGGUUCACAUAGAUGUGUUAAGGAGGCAGAACCUGUUGCUACUCAUUUCAAACGUAGACCUCUCCUGUGAAGAACAUUUCUUUCUCCGUCAGUUGUAUAUAGAGGCACAACAACACCCAAAGGAGAAUCAAUAUGAGGUUGUGUGGAUCCCUGUCAUGAAGGAAACAAACAAUCCCAUGGGACGAGGUGCAUCAAAACAAGUUUAAGCACAUACAAGCUUCAAUGCUAUGAUUCUCUAUGUACCAACCUUCACUACUUGAUCCAGGAGUCAUCAAGUACAUCAAUGAGGUCUGGAACUUCAACAAUCGUGUCGAUAGAUCCACAAGGCACAGUUGUGAAUCAUAAUGCAAUCUAUAUGUGUUGGAUUUGCGGGAAUCGUGCAUUCCCAUUUUCUAGCAUGAGGGAGGAAGCACUCUGGGAGAAGAUGCCUUGGACGAUUGAGUCGUUAGCAGGAUACAUCGUACUUCAGAUGGCUUCUGAAAAGUACAUUUGCUUGUAUGGAGGAGAGGACCUAGAUUGGAUCAGGAGCUUUACCAACACAGCAAAAGUUGUUGCAAAAGCCACCCAGAUCCCAUUAGAGUUGUUGUAUGUAGGAAAAAGCAACCCACGGAGAAAGGUAGUGAAAAUCAACAAUGUCAUUAUGGUGGAAAAACUCAACCACACAAUGCCAGAUCUAAUUCUGAUAUGGCACUUCUGGGAUAGGUGUGAGAGCAUGUGGCACUCCAAGAAGCAACACGGCCAGUCUGUAGGGAACGAUCCCAUAAUGAAAGAAAUAAAGUCAAUAUUGAGCUUUGAUAAAAGUGAUCAAGGAUGGGCUAUGAUCAGUCGAGGAGGCACCAUUGAGAUGGCUAAAGCCAAGGGUAACACCAUUUUGAAAAGCUUAAACCAAUUUAAGAAAUAGAAAGAUAGUGUAAAAGAGGUUGAUUUUUUGACUUCAUUCAAUGAAAAUCUUAAUGAGCUUGGUUCGCUAGAUCACUGCAACUCUUUGAUCAUUCCCUACGCUGAAAGAAGCAGCAGCAUUUCUGAGAUGCGUACUUGUGAUGAAUGUGGCCCGCCUAUGGAGAAGUUUAUCGUGUUUAGUUGAAUUAUUAGCAACUAAUAAGUUAUUAAGCAAGCUCAUAAGUUGGGGUUUAUAAUGUUGUUUGUUUUUAGGUUCUAUUUGUUGCUAUUGAUCUAUAGUGUCACAUGCAAAAGUGGUGUUCAAGCUAGCUUUAUUGGGAGAAUUCCAAACAUUAGUUAUGAGCUCCACAUUUCAGUGAGCAUGAAUUGCCUUAUUCACACAAACUAAUUGAGAUCAUCUAUAGAACUAAUGAAAUUAAACAAAAACAAUUCACUCCCAGGUACAAUUUGCAGAUUUUUUGUCCCUUUUGUGCCACCAAUACAAGGCAUUGAGAUUUAGAAGAUUUUGGGCUCAAAGAAGCAAAAUAGUAUUGGGCCAUAUAGGGCUCAAUUUCAAGGACAUUUGAAGCAAUUUUGAAACUUUUUUGGGUUGUGUAGUUUUUGUUUUUAUUUCUUUCAAGUAGCCCAAUAGAUAUGUUCACGUCUGGCAACAUAGGG